ACUAUCUAUCCAUAACUUUUGUAAAACAUUAUUACUCACAACUACCAUCAGUCCAUCACUACAACAAACACAAACACCAAUGCCAUUUGCUAGCAGCUAAUUUAUUUCUCAUGGAAUCACCAACAUUUUUCUCUUUCUUUUCAUUGUUACUACUUAUACUCUCCAUCUCUGUCCAAGUCGAUGCUUCAAAACAUCCUGAUCCCCGAAUAUCGGUCGUUGGUGUUGUCUACUGUGAUGCUUGUUCCACUAACUCUUUCUCCACCCACAGCUACUUCUUACCAGGGGCAGAGGUACAGAUAGAUUGCAAAUUUAAAGUAGCUUCUCCAAGAACUGCAGAGCAGAUAUCUUUUUCGGUCAAUAGGACUACUAACAGAUAUGGAGUGUACAAGCUGGAUAUACCUGCUGUUGAUGGGAUUAACUGUGCUAAAGAAGCAGAAUUUCUUAACAACUGCAGGGCUAGCUUGAUCAGAAGCACUUCUCCGGCAUGCAAUGUGCCUGCCUUCUUGAGUACUUCAAAUGAGUUCUCUGUGAAAUCAAAACAAGCCAAUUUAUGUAUCUAUAGUUUGUAUGCCUUGAGUUUUAGACCUUCUAAGAAAGAUAUUGCAAUCUGUGGGAAGUAGCUGUGUACACCUUGUAACCAUUUAAUUUCUAGUGGCAUAUUACAACUGUA